UCGGAUCCCAAGAGAUGGAGAGGGCUGGGGUGGGGGCACACAGGACUGAGGGGGACUCUCCCAACAGCUGGUGAAGUGGGACCAGGGCAAGACGCCUGCACCUGAGUGCCCGGCGGUUGUGUUCUCUCCUAUCCCAGGGCAGCCGAGCCUCUAGCCCUCCCUGACGUGUAGCAGGUUUCACGUAAGGACUUGCGCUUCCUACCUUUCUUCUGAAGGGCCAGAGAAGUGGCUCCUUUCCCUGACAUUGAUGUGACUUCUUUCUGCCAUCUGCUGGCUUGUCCAAGAUGUGUUGCAGGAGUUAGGGCGGGACUCGGAGAACACAAUCCCCGUGUCAUGCCCCCCGUGUGGGCUGACCGAUGACACCGACUCUGUACCCCAUGGGCAGACAGCUGCUUCUAUGGGAAGGACUGGUGUACCCCUGAAAGGCCCCUCAACUCCUGCCGUGGCUUCUUCAUGGCUCUGCUCUAUCUUCCCAGGGCCAGCCCAGGACCACAACCCAGCCCUGCAGCCCCCUGCCCAGCCCUCAAUACAUCCCCAAACCCAGCUCCUGAUGAGUAACAGCAGUCUCUGCACGUUGGAGGACCAAGUCCUCUGUCCCAUUUGCCUGGAUGUGUUCCGCAACCCGGUCACCACCGCCUGUGGGCACAACUUCUGCAUGCCCUGCCUCCAAGGUUUCUGGGACCACCAGGCCUCCGUGGGAAAGACCCUCUACUGCCCCCAGUGCCGAGAGAGCUUCCCCUCCAGACCGCGCCUCUGCAAGAACUACAUCCUGGAGGAGAUGGUGACCUGCUUCACCCAGGCCAAGGGCCAGACCUUGGAGUCCUCCCGGAUCCUGGCAGGGCCCGGGGACGUGCCCUGCGACUUCUGUUCUCCGCAGCUCAAGUCAGUCAAGUCCUGUCUGCAGUGCAUGGCCUCCCUGUGCGAGAAGCACCUGCGCAGCCACUUCGAGGACCAGGAGUUCCGGGACCACCAGCUGCUGGAGCCCGUGUGGGACCUCCAGAGCCGCCUGUGCCGGAAGCACCGCAAGCUGCGGGGAGUGUACUGCCGCACGGAAGGCUGCUACGUGUGCGGGGCCUGCCUGCUGGAGGAGCACAAGAACCACGACGCCCUCCCCCUGGAGGAGGAGCGGGCCCGCAAGGAGGUGGAGGUUCGGAAGGUCCAGGUCAAUGUGGAAAACCAGAUGCUGAUCAUCAACUCUCACAGCCAGAAGCACCGAAGGCAGGUGGCCUUUCUCUCGAAACUGAUCCAGACAACACGUGAGGAGGUGAACACCUGCUUCUCAGAGAUCAUCCAGGAGGUCAGACAGCUGCAGAUGAAGGUCUUGGAUUUUGUGGCCAAAGAGGAGGCCGCCGCUCUGGGGAGGCUAGGCAGCUCCAUCCAGCAGAGCCACAACCGGCUCCUGAAGCUGGAGGAGGACAGCAUCUGGCUCUGCACCCUGCUUACCAACAGGAGUGAUCAGCAGUUUCUGCAGGAGUUCCCCAGGCUGAAGCACUUCCCUGCCUACGUGGAACCCCUGAUGGGAACCAACUGUGAGGAGAAGCAGCCCUUCCUCCAGUUGCCAGAGACCCUGGCGGAGCUCCGCAGCCAGCUGAUGGAUGUGGGUCUCAGCUUCAUCAAUCAGCUCCUCCUGAAGGGCAUUAAAAUGAACUCCUAUGAGGUGCUGCCCCCGGCUGUGGACAGAAAAACACUUCUCAAGUGUUACUGCAACCUGAACUUUGACCCCACCACGGCCAGCGAGGAGCUGUUCCUGUUCAAAAAGACCCACUCGGUGCUGAACCUGAGCAUCCUGCUGGAGCCCUUCGCCACGGGCGGCUCCUUCCCCGGCUGCAAGCAGUGGUCGCAGGUGCUGUGCUCCCGCGGCCUGUCCGAGGGCCGCCACUACUGGGAGGCCGACGUGUCCAACUCGUGGGUGUGCUUGGGCCUCACCUACCGCCGCAGCCGCCCGCCCGGCGGCCGCCCGCGCCGCGACGUCGUCUACCUGCUGGGCCGCAACCCCUACUCGUGGUGCCUGGAGUGGGACUCGCUCAAGCUCUCCGUGUGGCACAACAACACGCAGACGGUGCUGCACGGCGGUUACCACCGCACGCUCGGCGUGGCGCUCGACUGCGGUGCCGGCUGCCUCUCCUUCUACUGCGUGGCGGGCGGCGUGAGCCUGCUCUACCGCUUCCUCGUCCGCUUCCUGGAGCCGCUCUACCCCGCGGUCAUGGUCAGCAGCGGCUCCUCAGUCACGCUCAAGCAGCACGCGGAGGCGGAAGCGGAGGCGGAGGCGGAGGCGUAGGCAGCGGUCAAUAAAGCUG